AUGGCGGGGAAAAUCUUUGGUCGAUCGUCGGGAUCUGUCAACGCCCCCAUAGCUGCCUUUUCCAUGGCUCUCAUCCUCACCACCUACUGCGUCAGCUCCAUCCGUACCGCGCGCCGUGAAGCGCAGGCACCAAGCACCGCGACACGUCAGAAAUCCGCAGGAGAGAAGACGGAGCAAGUGUCAUGGGUUCAGCAGGCACUAGAGGAAAGUCGCGAAGCUGAACGGAAGGUGUCAAAGUAA